AAAAAUAUUAUUGUUUAUGUGUUAACAAUUGAAAUUUUGUGUAGAAAGUAAUUUCAAAUGUAAUAUUAAAAAUGACAAUCAUUGUUAUUAAUUGUUGCUCAUGCUUCUAAUCACUUAUUGACACUAAUUGAUUUACAAACAUGUUAUUGAAAUGAAAUAAAAUAAAAAAUUCCUCAACAAUUGUGCAAUAAAAAAAAUGUUUAAUAAACAAGAAGAAAUAAUUACUCGAGCAUAAUGUACCUGCGUUCAUUAAAAAGGAAGCUGAUCUUCUUUUUAGGAUUUCUCAUAGGAUUUAUAAUUACACUCUACUUAGCUUCUAUUUUCAACAAUUGUAAUUACAAAGACUGCCAUGGUAAGUCAUGGAAAUUAAAAAAUAAAAACACAUAUGUAGCAAAUAAAAAAUUGACGAUGCGUGGUAUGAAAUCAUCACAUCAAAACAUCAAUUUACCAGAAGACAAUUUAAUUGAAGACCCUCAAAAAAUUAAGUACCAAAAAUGGCUGAGAGGAUAUAAUAUAACUCUAUCAAAAAUCAACUUGGACCAUCAAUACUACGGAUCAUUAUUUGAGCGUAAUUAUACAUCAUCUUCACUAGAGUCAGAUUGGUUAAAGUCAAAAGUAAACAUUGUAUGCGUAGUAUUUGUUGAAAAAAUAAAACUAGCCAAAGCGAUUUAUAAUACAUGGAGUAAAAAUUGCAACAAGGUGUAUUUUUUUUCCCACAAGGUCACCGAUAACGGCAGCGAUCCAUCGAUAGUAAAAUUAUCGGUAAAAAUUACGUCAUCAUGGCAACUACUUUGUGAAUCAUUGCACCACGUAUGGAAGUCUUCAAAUGACUCAUUGCAAUGGUUAAUUAUUAUCAAGGACGAUACUAUGAUAUUACUAGAAAAUUUAAGGUACUACGUCGCUCCACUGGACUUCAAUGAUGGCCAUUAUUUGGGACACCCGGUUGUUUUAUGGGGCCAAGCUUACAAUGUCGCCCAAGCUGGCUAUGUUUUGAGCAGAAGAGCUGUUGAAAAAAUAAUUAGUCACUUUAAUACUCAUGAAAAAUGCUUGGCGGGUGGUAAAUAUUGGAAACAAGAAGACUACUAUCUCGGCAAACAUUUAGCAGCUUUGAAUAUUCAACCUUCUGAUACCAGAGAUUAUAAACUAAGGGAUAUAUUUCAUGGCUAUCCAUUACAAACUCUUCUGUGGGGCUUGAAUAAAUUAGGAAAUUAUUUUACAAGAGCAGUAUAUCCUGGAGGAGACUGCUGCUCUCCAAGGUCGGUUACAUUCAGUGCUCCUGAUGCAGAACAAUUGUAUACUAUCAAUUACUACCUUUAUCACUUGUUUGUACACAAUAGAGGAGGUAUUUAUGGAAAUAAACCUGCUCCUACGCCAGUACCUGAACAAGAGGUUUGGAAAUUAGCAUUGAAAGACGAGUUUAACAUUACUUAUUUUGAUAAUAUUACUAAUGAAGUAUACUACAAAAUUUGGAGGUUUAAAUAUGUUGACCCAAUGAACUUGAAGCUUAUGAAUAAUAAGGAGUAUAUCAAUGGGUCGGAUAUUUUUGAAGCGCUUUGGAGUAAACAAGAAUCUGAAAGAGUUAAGCAUAAUUAAUUGAAUCAUUUAUUUUUACAGUAUUAAUAUUGUUAGAAGAAAAAUAUAGAUAUUAACAUAUAUAUAGAUGAUAAUUGUGUUUUGAUAUUUUUAAGAAUUUUUAAUGUCCAUUUAUCCGUCCGAUUAGUGAGUAUUUGUAGAAACAUUGAAAUUAAUAUAUUUUUUUUUGUUUUAAUAAAAUAGUUUAUUUUA